CCCGCGGCGUCAUCGGUUCAAACAGAAAAAAAAAAGAAGUUUUGAUAGGCGCGUGACGUCRUGCGCAGUUUUGAACCAAAUUCGGAUUUUCAUCGGCCGUACCAUUUUGUAUAAAAUUUUAUGUGUUCAUCGGUCGUAUAGUUAAGGAUACUAUCUUGCGUGAUAACAACAAUUUCCGCUUCCACAAUUCAAAAUGUUGAAUCUGUUGAGAGGCACCUUAUUUUCUUAUUUACCUACCUCCUAUCUAAUUUCAAAUUAACAAUAGUACACUAUACACUUUUGUUUUAUGCCUUAUGGUAGUAUUCACUAUUCAGUACUCACUUGAACGGAACGUGCUGAGUGCUGACGACGAAGAUAAACUUUGAACGCUCGUUUUAAUGUCGUUUAAUAUAAAUUCUUUUGAUUUUGUAAUUAAUAUCAAUCACUAACUGGGUAUUCUCUUUUUAUUUGAAAAUGUCUUUAUUAAGAAGUACUUUCGUAGUUAUUCAAAUAAUUACGAUUGCCUCGUCACARAAAAUCAGUUCCAGAAAUAAACAAAAUAGAUUACUUUUUUCUAUUUAAAUAUUUUAUAGUGAAAUAUAUUGNGAUACUAUUUAUAAAUUAUGUCACAUGGGGAUUGAACAACAUUUUAAGCCAAUAUUAGAUGAAAUGUUAAUUCCAAGAGUAGUUGGAACGGAUAAUCACGAAUUUAUAAAAACGUAUAUUGCGGAGGAAAUGAAAAAUAAUGGUUGGGUAGUGGAAUUAGAUGAGUUCAAAGCUUUCACACCAAAGGGCUUGUACAAUAUGACUAACGUUGUGGCUACUCUAAACCCCAUGGCUGAUCGGUAUAUAGUUAUUGCUUGCCAUUAUGAUUCAAAAUUAAUGGAUUUUUAUUUUGUCGGCGCUACUGAUUCAGCAGUACCUUGUGCUAUGAUGUUAUACAUGGCAGAAUCAUUAAACCAACGACUUGAAGCCUUCAAAAAUACUCCUUUAAGCUUGAUGAUGGUGUUUUUCGAUGGGGAAGAAGCUUUUGAGGAAUGGUCAGAUACAGAUUCUCUGUAUGGUUCCCGACAUUUAGCUUCAAAGAUGGAAAAUACCAAAUUUCUACACAAUGGCCGACAGUUAAAUCAACUAUACAGAAUUGAAUUUUUAAUGCUACUUGAUUUGUUAGGCACAAAGAACCCAAAAUUCUAUAACUAUUUUUUAGAAACUUCUGAUCUAUAUCGAUCUUUAAUAAGAUCUGAAACAUUCUUAAACAAGACUGGUUGUCUGAAUGAACAUACUGAUACCUAUUUUCGUCCAAUGUCUGCAUUUGUUAAAAUUGAUGAUGACCAUAUUCCAUUUUAUCAAAGAGGAAUUGAAGUAGUUCAUUUGAUUCCAAAUCCAUUUCCAAAAGUUUGGCAUAAGGAAAGUGAUAAUAAAGAUGCAUUACACAUGCCAACAAUAAUAAACUUAAUAAAAAUUGUUCAAGUAUUUAUAGUUAGUUAUUUAGAAACACAGUGAGCAAUGUUUUUUUCUUUCUUCCUAUUAUUUCAUUUAUAAAUUAAAAAAAAAAAUUAGCUUAGC